AUGGAAAAUCCAGACAAGUCUGAAGAAGAGGGUAAAAAUAUCACGCAGCGUGAUAAAUAUAAGAGUGAGAAGGAUAACACAGAUACAUUUACAAAUGACAUUUCCACGGAUGGAAAGAAGAGUGACUCCCCCAACGUGAGUAAGAACAAAGUAAUAAUUAGUAAGAAGAGCUUUUUUACAAAUGUGCUUACGUCUACGAGGGGUGGAAAGAACGAAGUGGACGCAGAACUUGUCGACAGAGUUAGGAAAAAAAAGAACGUAUUGAAAGACAUGGACACGAAGGACAACCUUUGUAAGGGCAAAAUAAGGAAGAAAAACAGCAACGUGAAAAAUGUGGACCACUUGCACAAUUCGAACAAUUUGGACUGGCCGGACACCCCUGAUGACGUCGAGUUGAACGAAUCUUCCAUAAAGAAGGCCACGGAUAGACAUGGCAACAGCCUAAGCGAAGUGGAUGUCAUAUCAGAAGCGAACAACUCGAUAAAUGCGUUCACGGACAACGAUACAGAAAAUAACAACCAAAAUGACCUGAUCAAUGAAAAUAGCUCAAUCAAUUGGUCCACCAGCAAUUUAAACACAGAUAGGAACUCGGACUUCUCAAAUGUGGAAGUGAAGAUCCUAAGUGGGAAAGAAGAAGAUGACACGAAAAUGGUAGAAGACAAUUUUGGCAACAAGUCUUAUAAAAAAAAAAAAAGUGGAACUAAUGAAUGUGGAAAAUUAUUGAGCAACAUGCAGGACAAAAAAUUGAAAGAAAUAAAUAUAAGCGACAAUAUGGGGAAAGAGAAAAAGGGUAACUUCUUCUCCAACGCGGUGAGAUCUGCAAGUCUACUAAAAUGUGUUGUAGAUGACAAUUUAGCUAACGUAAAAUUGGAAAAAAAUCAAGACAAUAAAACAUUCAUGAUGUAUGGAAUUAAGAGAGAAAGUACCUAUGACAACAGUGGGAAAAGGAUUAGUAUACUUAAGAACUAUGCUAGUGUGAAUGGAAACACGAAUACGACUGCUCAGUCGAAUGCUUUUUUCUACGCAUCGAGUAAAUCCUGUGGACAUAUUAAACUAUCUAGUGGAAAUAUAAAAAUGAAAAAUGGCAAAAAUAAUUUAAGUGAUAAUAAAAAUAUGUGGAGCGCUUUUGAAAAUUUCUUCUGUGAAAUAUGGAAAAGAAACAUGACCAUAAAAAAGGAGUUUUGCAAUUCGAAUAGUAAAAAUGGAUUGGGUCCUUUUAAAAGUAACUUCACCGAUAAUUACCUAAAUCAGUCUAAUGAUAAUGAGUUGAUGACACAGAUACCUUUAAAAUUUAAAGACGAAACGAUUGAAACAUUAUAUGUGCUAAAUUUAAAUAACUGGAUUUCUUCACGGAUGAUCAUAAUUGGAAUGAUCAUGUUAAUUUUGUGCUUUUUCAUAUGGCUCCUUUUUUCAUGGUCCUUCAAAUCAAGUGCUUGGGAAAAAGACAGUUAUAUUGUUAUGCUAUUUCAUUUGCUGAUGAUUUUAAAUACCAUCAUUUUGCUACUUUUUAUAAUUGUUGGCUUAACCGAAUUGAGUAAAUACGCAGAGGUCAUAUCUUACGUCCUUUUUGGCAUUAUGGUGGGAAUGUGGGGUUUAUGGAACAUAGCAACCAGUCUAACUUUAAAUGAUAACAUUACUUCGAAAGUGAUACCAUGCUUAUCUUCUGCCGUUGAAACGAUAUAUGCCUUGACCUACAUUUAUGGUCUCCUUCCGCUUGUCAUUAUGGAUGUAUUCUUCCCCUCCAGGACGAAAUACAACUGGUUCAUGCACCUGCUAUUUAUCGUUCUAAAUUCCACUAGCAUAAUAUUGGUUGGAGCGAGGAACCCUGAAUUGGUGCCUUCCGUCUUUGUGGUCUUCCGCGUUAUCGCGUAUACGACACUGUGCUUGUUUCUGUAUAUAGGAUGCUACACGUCGGAGCUGCAAAUACGUUACGUGUUCUACAACUUAUUGAUAACCGGCUACAAACUGGACAAGGUAGAAUCGGCCAUGAACAAGAACAGCAAGAAUAAUAAAAAAUUUUCAACCGCUAUGGAGGAUUUGGUUCUGAUGAUAAAGGAGUGCACGAAAGUUAUCCUAGAGUUGGAGAAUGAAACGGAAAUAAAUUUCAAUGUGCAUAGCAAGACCUCUUACUGCACAAAUAUCCUGGAGCAAUGCUUGUCUACACUGACCAAAACGGAUAACUUGUACAACGUGGAUUACGACCUUUUCGAUAAGCUCGAGAACAAAAAGUUCAUAGAGGCAUACGUGAGCAAAAGCAAGAGCAAUUUCCUCGGGGACCAGGAUGAAGGGGCUGACUUCAAACUGAACAAGUCCUUUUCCACCAACGAUUUCAUAUGCAUCGAUAAAGUAGAUAUAGACAAGAAGGAAAUAAAAAAGUUUCUAAAAGAAAUAGACAUUCCUCGUGUCACCAAUAUGAUUCAACUGAUUGAUAACAAAUCGCUUUCCGAGUGGGACUUCAACUGUUUGAAUUAUUUUGAGAAUUCCAAGUACCCCUUUUUCGACAUCAAUCUAUCGUUGAUGUUUACCAUCGAGCAUGACAUUCCGAUGAAUUGCAUCAUAAACUUUUUGUCCUUCGUGGAAAAGCAGUACAACAACGUUCCUUACCACAACACCAUUCACGCGACCAUGGUGACGCAGAAAUUUUUCUGUUUAAGCAAAAAGUUGGGAAUUUACGACCACAUGGAGUACAAGAUAAGGCUGGUGAUGUUCAUCUCCGGUAUCUGCCAUGACGUGGGUCAUCCUGGCUACAACAAUUUAUUCUUCGUGAAUAGUCUCCACCCGUUGAGCAUUAUUUAUAAUGACAUUAGUGUGUUGGAAAAUUACCACGCGUCUAUAACGUUUAAGAUUCUGCAGCUAAACCAGUGCAACCUUUUAAAAUCCUUCUCGGAAAAGGACUUUCGACUGAUACGGUCCUACAUCAUCGAGCUCAUUUUGAGCACCGACAUGAAAUAUCACUUUGAACUAAUUUCCAAAUUUCGCAUAAGACGAGAAAAUGAGGAUUUCGAUUACGUAAAGAACAACGACGAUUUGUUGGUGCUAAUAAAAAUGAUUAUAAAAAGCGCAGACAUAUCACAUGGAUCUGUCAAAUGGAACGAACAUUACAAGUGGUGCCAACGAGUGUUGUGUGAAUUCUACUCCCAGGGUGAUGAAGAAUUAAAAAAUAAAAUGCCCCUAUCCCCGUUAUGUGACAGAACAAAGCACAAUGAAGUUUGCCAAUCUCAAAUUACGUUUCUCAAGUUUGUCGUCAUGCCUCUGUUCGAGGAACUCACCUACAUAGAUGACAUCAAAUUUGUGAAGAAUUUCUGCCUAAAGAGACUACACAGCAACUGUCUCAUGUGGGAAAAACUUAUGAAGGAAGAAAAAGCCAUCAAGGUUUAUGACCCAACGUCUGUGAAGAGGAACGAAAAAAACAAAAAAAAAAUUGACAAAAGGAAGAAGAGUUACAUCGAUUUAACGUUAUUUUUUAUAAAAAAUAUUUCCGAAUGA